AUGGCAUCAAACUCUGUCCAUACAAUCAAUACAGCAGUCAAUGACAGACAGCAACACAAUCACAACAACUCUGACAUCAAUGAUGUGCUCACGAGUGGCAACACAGGCGACAUGAGUUCAGUGCUCAACAAAGAUGUCAAACAGUUUGGCAAACAGUUCCUCAUCGAUGGCAAGGAAGACACCUCUUGGAACUCAGACCAGGUA